AAUACGGAAGUAAGAUAUUUUGGAUUUACCAAGAAAAUUAUUUGUCAACACAUCAUCGCAUCAUCAUCAUUCCCUUUACUAUUAUUAGAUUUUUCUGGAAAUUUCUAAAAAGUAAAGCUACAGCUCUACUUUAAAAGUUAUCUCCAUAAAAAUCACAAUGUCGUACGGUUAUGGACAGCAAGGCGGCUAUGGAAAUGCCUAUGGCCAACAGGCACCACCUCCAGGAAUUGACCAAAAUUGGCUCUCUGGUAUUUUUCAAAGAAUUGACACAGAUCGCAGUGGUUCUAUUUCUGCUAAUGAAUUACAAAGAGCUUUAUCUAAUGGAACAUGGACUCCAUUUAACCCAGAAACUGUCCGGCUUAUGAUUGGCAUGUUUGAUCGAGAUAAUUCCGGGACGAUUAACUUCCAAGAAUUUUCAUCCCUCUGGAAGUACGUCACUGACUGGCAGAAUACAUUCAGAUCUUAUGAUAGAGACAACUCUGGGUCCAUUGACAAGAACGAGCUGAAGACUGCUCUCACAAACUUCGGCUAUCGCUUAUCGGAUCAGUUCUAUGACAUUCUUAUUAGAAAGUUUGAUCGUCAGGGCAGAGGAACAGUAGCUUUUGAUGAUUUUGUCCAGUGCGCUGUAGUUUUGCAGACAUUGACCAGUUCCUUCAGGGCCUAUGAUACUGACCAAGAUGGCUGGAUCCAGAUAUCAUAUGAACAAUUCUUAACUCUGGUCUUCAGCUUGAGAAGCUAACAUCAUUUGAUAGGCAGAUAACCCAAUGCAGUCUUACGUUCAAACAUUUUUAUAUGGAAGCUGAUGAUUUGAGUGUAUCGCACAUUAUACAUAAGUUGUUUCUUUUCUUGCAUCCAAUAAUUUAUAUCUUUGUAGUUAACAAGUUUUUAUAUUGUUUGUAAACGUCAGUUAUUAAAAAUGAUUUGUUAAACCACCAAGAUAGAUUGGCUAUAACUGGAUUAAAAAAUGUCAGCUUUGAGAACAAUAAUUUUUAUCAGACACUUAUAUGCUAUUAUAACGUGUAUAAGCUCAAAAAAAUCGUUGUGAAUUUUUUUUUUAUGUGGCACAGAGAAAUCUGUUAUUUCCUGUAUUUUAAUUUUUAAAAUUUUUUCUAAGUGUCUACAUAUUAAAACAAAGUUUUCUCUGUAA